CAACAACGUUAGGAUGAGCCAGUUUAGCCCUUGAUCGCAGCAGCUGUACAACAAAGUACCGCAACAUCGUCAAACCAUCGUGGCGAUGAAGCGCAACGCUCCCAAGGCUUCCCCGAAGGCCUCCCGCCCCCUCUCGCCCAACAACAACCGGCAGCAGCAGCAACAGGGCGGCGCCAACAAGCCAGGAGCCAACAACAGGGGCGGCAGGGGCGGCGGCAACAACAACGCCAAUAACAGCAAUGCGCCAGCAGGUGGUGCGGCUGGCAGAGGAGGGAAUGCUCGGGGCGGGGGAGGCGGCGGUGCGGCGGCUUCAUCAUCGCGGGCUGGCAGCUCUGCCGCGAGCGUCACUCGGUCGACGCGAAAGAAGGAUGGUAACACUAAGCCGAGCGAGUAAGCGUAUGGGGGGAAUGGGUGUGCGGGUGGAUGGAUGGAUGGACGGAUGGAUGGAUGGGUGCAGGAAUGAUGCGUCGAAGGCCCCUAUGACGCGAGAGAGGGCAGAGGACAUCCUGCGCAAGGCUUUCAGGUCGGCCUUUGUGUGGCGUGCGGACGAACAUAAUAUAUUGUUCGCUUCAUCCUCAUCUUCUUUCUGUCUUUCAGGGGUCAUUUGUUUCGCAAGCGCGUCACCCAGAUGCUCAAGGACGUCAAGACAUGUAUGUAUGGCAGUGUGUUUAUUGGGAUAAGGCUGCAUGCACAGACGUCUACUUGGUGUGUCUGGGUGUGUGGCAGCCGAGCAGUACAUGACCAAACUCAAGCUGGACAAGUAUUCUCACACAGACAGACAGACAGACCGACAGAGGCAGAAGAGGCAGAUGAGGAGGAUACUAUCUCUCUGUGUUUUCCUUGUGCGUGUGCAUGUGUGUGCGUGUGGCCAUCCGUCCACAGGUCGGAGGUGUAUCUGCUGCAGCAGCUGGUGAUCGAGCGCAAGUCGCGGCUGGGCCACGGCAUGUCGGGCAACGUAGUCAAAUGCACCGACGCAAAUCAAACCAAACACUUCGCCAUGAAGGUAGGUACCUCUCCCCUCCUCCCUCCCUCCCUCCCUCCCUCAUGUGUGUCGGUGUGUGUGUGUGCAGGGUUUGGACCUGACAGUGUACAAGAGCAAGAGUGAGAAGGAGCGCGAGAAGAAGAAAAAGGAGGGCGGCAAGGAUGGGGGCAAGGACAAGGAGGACUCCCCGCUCCAGAGGAUCAAGAAGAAAUGCGGCGUCAAGGACGACGGUACACACGUGUGCAGAUGGGCAUGGGCAGCGGGGAAGUGUGUCAUGGGUGUCAGUAUGUGUCUAUGUGUGCAGAGGGGGAGAAUAACGACGCUGGCGACAAGGAGGACAAGGAGAAGAGGAAGCGGAAAGAACAGGACUUCAUCGCAUCACAGGUCGGCACGGCAGCGAGCCCAGCCACACACACCUACACACACACAUGGAUGGAUGGAUGGAUGGACACGUUUCCACACCCCUCUGUGUCUUUCCUUCUCCAUGUGUUAAGUUGCGUUCGUUUGAGAUAGAGGUCGACUUCCUGAAGCGUCUCAAGGCCUCCAACCACCCCAACAUCGUCUACCUAGAGGGCAUCGCAAUCUCGCCCCCACACUACUGCAUUCGUACCUAUCCAUCCAUCCAUCCACAAUACUCAUCUGACCUUAUUUCUCAGUGACACGUUUGGAGAAGCAUGCCCUGGCGACCAAUGUGCGUGUGUUGGCCUUUGAGAAGGGCCGCCGGGGGGUGCUGCCGACCCCCAUGGCGAGCCUGUCGCCAUACGACCUGCCGCAACAGCUUAGCAUGGGAGCUGAGGUACACCGGGACAUGGAUCUACGUCUGUCUGUGUAGGUGUAUGUGUGUGUGUGUGUGUGUGUGUGAGCGCAGAUAGCCUCUGCCGUGGCCGAGCUGCACAAGCACAUGAUACUUCACAGAGACAUCAAGUCCAACAACGUCCUGGUACGGUACGGCACGCCUACCACACCACACCGUGACGCACACACACACGCACGCCCACACCCCACCCCACGCACAUCUCAGAUGUGCAUCUAAACAGAUUCGUCAGACGCCGACGGAUGGAGGUUAUCCGUCGGUGUGUCUGUGUGACUUCGGCAUAGCGCGCCAGAUGAAGGAGGAGGGUCGCGGCAUAUACCCUGGCAACGGCGGUACCUACACCACACACAUGUCUCUCUCUGUCUGCCCAUGGACGGAUCGAUGUGUGUGUGUGUGUGUCAAUCAGCGGGCACACCAUCGUACAAGGCGCCGGAGGUGAUCUCAGAGCACGGUAGGGAUAGCUAUAAUGGACAGGUACAUCUCGUUGACGUCGAUUCGUGCUUGUUGUCUGUUCAGGGUUCUACUCGAUGGCAGGCGACGUGUGGGGCAUCGGGGCCGUGCUCAGCGAGCUCUUCGCAGGCACGCACCAAUGCCAUGCAGACACAUAAUGACGCUCCACCUGUACAGUGUAUAGGUAUCUUCGUGGGCGUGUGUGCACUGUGCAGGUGUGCAGUCGCUGUGCCAGUGGGUGUCCAUCACCAACAACCAGAAGGACAAACGAGUCCUCAGCGGAUUCGCUGUCAGCCGCCCACCCCACCCACAACACACACACACACACACAGAUGCAUGUCAGCACCUACGUGUGCGGUGUCGUGUUAAUCCCCCCAGCUGCCGCCGCUGCCCGAUUCGGUCCCUGCUGGCCCCAAGGAGGUCAUCCUGGUGACCAAAACAAACCAACACAUGUACAGCACGCCCACCACCAUGUUUGUGUUGUAUUGCGUACCUGCGUGCAGCGGUGCAUGCAGUACGAGGCGCCCCUGCGCCCAUCUGCCGCACAGGUGAGUGCGGUGCUUGGCGGGCACACCACACAAAGACGCGACGCGUGUGUGGGUGCGAGUGUGUGUGCAGGUAGCGGCUGUGUUGCGUCGGCUGCUCAAGGAGUACGAGGAGGAGAACGCCUUCCCGCCCAAAGCCAAACGAGGCACGAACAACACAACACAACACAACACACCCAAAUGUGUGUUCAUAUUUGCGGGCUGCCCGCCUGUGUCCAUCCAUCCACAGGCACGCGCAUCAAGAGCAAUGACGCCAAGAGUGCCGGGGCGAGUGCAGGUAGUGACGACGCGGCCGCCAAGGGGGCGGCGCUCGACCCCCUGCCGGAGGACCUACACGUACGCACACACAAACCAUCACACACAUGGACAGACAGCUCAUGAAGAGAGAGAGAGACACGCAUUAUUGUGGCCAUCAAAUGAAUGAGUUUGUUCAGUAUGAGUACUACCUGCGGCUGGGCGUGGCCUCCUUUCGCAUGAGAUCGCAGCGCGCAAACGCAUACGUACACCCACACACACAGAGACACAGAUACACACACACAGACACACACAAAGAUCCAUACGAUGGCCGAUGGCAUGAGUGCAGCAAAUGUUGGACGAGUUGGAGAAGAAGCGAUAUGAGACCAUGAAGGAGGCCGACAAGAUGCUUGUGCGGGUCGGCCACACGGACCAUCCACAGCAACAUCUUACGCAGUCACUGACACACCUCCUGUGCCCCUCUGUCUGUCUGUCUGUCUGUCUGUCUGCUGCAGCGUUUGUCGGUGAUGGCUCGUUUUCAGGAGGAGAAGUACCGUCGCGAGCGGCAGCCCGAGGAGGGAGACGACCACUUCGCUCUCAUCCCACAAUAUAACGGGCAAGGUACAGUACACGCCCUACACACGCAUUCAUUCUGGCUGGAUGGACGGAUGGAUGUGUGAGUGUGCGCAUGCGUGUUGGCUGCAGGGACGUACGUGGCUGACCCGAACGUGGUCAAGCAGGGGUGGGUGUCGCCCUACCAGCGGUCGCCCUACCGCAACAGCACUAUGCGCUCAUACAAAUGGCUUCUGCAGGGUGAGGGGCUCAAUGGAUGGAUGGAUGGAUGGCUGACUUACACACCUGCGCGCCUCUCUGCAUGUCUCUCUCUCUCUGUGUGUGUGUGUGUGAGCAGGUGUGAAGCCGACAGUGCCCAAAGGCAGCGUGGCGUUCGGCGGUUCGCACAACAAGUGGGUGCAGAGUGAGACCGGCAAGUGGGUCAGGCAGCAGUAG